AUGUGUGUGGUACUAUGUUGGGCCCGGGGCUUUGGAAUUAAGACUAACCGGAAGGCGACCAGAACAGAGAAGCCUGACCGAACGGCCCCUUCUGCAGAUGGCCAGCCUGAGAAUUUGCCCGAGACCCGAGAAGGGACAGAGACUCAAGAACUACAAGCCCCAGUUGAUGAAAACGAGGUGCCUCUGCUUCCACGCAAAAGAGUUUGUGGACAACGCCUACUCUGGACACGUCCUGACUCUUUAGACCAUCACGGUGUGUGGCGGGAGGAUGACAUGGAUCUAAAAGCCUCGUUCCAGACAUUAGAGAGAUCUGUUUGCACUUGGACGAACGCCUACUGCCACCGAGAGCCAGGGCUGAAGCGUAGAUUGUCUGCAAGUGAGAUAGAGGUAGUCUUGGACGGCCUUGGCGGGUUCUGCUUGUACAAGGACUGGGGCUCAAUUGAAAAACGUCUCGACGAGAAGGGUCUGAAUAAUUUUUGGAUUUGGUUGCCAAGCGCGGUAUUAAUGAAGCAUCUGUUUGAGGAUGUGAUCGCCAAUCCGUUUGUCUAUGUGAAAGGCGACCGCACGAAUGAUCAGUCAAGCAUGGGCCCACCAGGCUUGGGGCAGGAACUCUAUGAACUCUGGCAGAAAUUAGUCAAAGUCGACCCAGCUAGAGCAACUGUUUGGCGGACAACGACAACCCAGCUCCUAAAUAUGGUGCACCCCGAACAUACCAAUGACUGGAAGGUUGCAUGCCAGACGGGCGAGGCUAAGGAGUCGCUUGCUAAUAACUUAGCCACCGGCAUGCUAGCAGAGUGCAAAGCUUUACAGGUCCUGUUACAGGAAGUAACCGAUCCGGAUACUACCAAAAAACGCUACGAAGCGCUUGUUGAAGUUUACCGGGUCGCGAUCGACAUAACGGUUUACAUUGGAACUGUGAAAACGGAGUUUGAAUUUCAGCUAGACGUGAACCGGUGUGGACCCUACCUGCAUCGCCUACGGAGAGUCCGAAAACAAGGUUGUUCUGAUGAAAAGCUCCCUGAUAAGUGGCCAGUCCCAGUGCUACUGUAUAUCCCCCUUGUUGCGGCUCGCCGGAUAGCAACUUCACUUGAUGUCGAAUGCUGUAAAACAGAACGAGAAGACUUCUGGCAGGCUCAUAAGAGUGACAGGAAUCCGGACCUACAGAAACAAUUGGAUGACGAGAUUCCCGAGAUGGGCUUCAAGCUUGCCCAUGCGGUGGUCGUUUCGUCUGUGUUGGUUUUUGUGAAGGGGCAGACAGAUGAGGUCGUGAUCUUUCUGUGUGGAUGGACUCAGUGUCUCCUUGUGUCUGUCUGGGUCCUUAUGCUCGGCUUCAUCCUUCUUCUCUUGUGCUUGUCACCGUGUAUUGCUGUAGGACAUGUGCCACGAUACGUGUAUCCUACGACGCCUCACUAUUAUUUUACAAAGUGGCUUGUGUAA